AAUUUUUGGAAAAAUAUUGUCAGUCUAAUAGAAACAGUUGUGAAGCUCCUAAAACAUUUAACGAACUUAUUGAAAACAAAAUUACAUUUCUAAUUCCUUACUUUUAAAAAAAACUUUGUUUAAAAUUCUAUUUGUACAGUAAUUACAAAAAUUAAUAUCAACGUCCAAAAUGAAAAUUAUAAUUUCUCUCAUUUUAUUCGUUUUGUGUGUUAUAAUUAACAAUUAUCAUUUUGCUUCCGCCAUGGAAUCUUACAAGUCACUUGAGUCAAGUUAUGAUACAUUGGAAGAAGCUGAAGCCAACUGUAUUAAAACAAAACUGAAGUCUAAAAGAAUUCGAUUCUGGUCUUCUGGUCGUCGUCAAUAUCACGUUUAUAGAUGUGCAACAGAUUAUGAAAAGAAGUUUUAUUCAAUAGAUUUGGCAAGAGAAGGAUGUAUUGAGCAUCGUGAUGGUCAAUUUCACUGCAAAAUAACAACACAGAAUGAACUAUUAGACAGAUAUAAUUUAGUUAGAUAAUAUUCUGAAAAAUAAUAUAUUAGUUUUCCUGACCUCAGGAACUCAAAAAAUGAUAUUUUUUAAAAUUGUCAUUCUGUAUUUUAGUUUAUUAUACACGGAAAAAAAUUUUUACCUGGAACAGCGAUAUGUUUCUCUAAAAUAGCGAAAAUCUUAACUAAAACAACUAAAAAUUGACAUAUUAUAUUUAAUAAAUGAAUUUUAAAUCA